AUGGCAUCAAUAGUGGUAUUACCAAAAGCCAGAAAGACACCAGAAGAGAAGACCCUUCUAGGGGCCUACCGGCUUAUCGCGCUUCUUAGCUGCAUGGGGAAAGUCAUAGAGAAGGUUAUCAGUAACCGUAUGAUGGAGGCAGCAGAGACAUACAGGCUCCUUCCCGAGGGCCAAAUGGAGAACCGUAAGGGCAGGUCAACAGAACAUGCGAUCCACAUGGUAGUCGAAGCAGUCCAUACAGGAUGGAGCUACGGCGCGGUAGCCACGCUGAUGCAGCUAGACAUCACGGGGGCCUUCGAUGCUGUUGGAUAA